CAGCCGUGCGGCGGCGUCGUCGGCACUGGCAACCCCAAAGGAGAGCGAUCAAUUGAGUCGAGCGAUGGCGGCGUUGCGGGGGAUCGGCGCGAAGCUGUCGGAGAACCGGGAGAAGGUGACGAGCGCGCUGCUGCUGGGCUCGUUCGUGGCGCUGGCGGUGCGGUCGUCGGAGCAGCAGCGGGAGCUCGACGACCUGGAGGCCCGCAAGGCGUCCAUCCGCGCCGCCAACUCCGCCAUGUCCUCCGCCAUGUGGGCAUGGAGGGAGGAGCUCUUCGCGCUCGCCGCCAGGCCCUCCCCGCCCAUCACCGCCGCGCGCCUCCGCCAUAUCUACGGCGAGGAGGAGCCCGCCACCAAGCAGCAAGGCUCAGAUGCCGAGGAGGAAUCUAUUACCAUAGCAUGAACUCUUUCCCAUUAUGUUGUAGAAGAGCAAAACUGGUCCUGGAAGCGACAAAUCAUUUGUUGAGUGAAUCCAGACUAAUUUUUCGCUGAGUUGCAAACAGUGUUUGAGUUGACCUGACAUAAGGAGCCAUGUUGUUUCCUUGCGGUGCUGCUUUCUACAGCUCAUGAGCAGCGCCGAGAUAGUUAUUUGAAGAGCCUCAAAUGUUGUUGGUGUACUUCUAGCUAGUUCCUGCCUGAACAUGUUCGCAUAUAUAUCAAUAAUUACGAGAUAUUUAGAUUUGGUACGGCUCAA